AUGAGUUCAAACGAAAGUGGCAAAUUUAGUAGUGGAGUAGGUCCUCGUAAGUAUGUGUGCAACGAUUGUAACCGCAUGUUCGCACUGAAAGCCUCGCUAUUGCGGCACAAAACGUUAUACGAGUGCAACAGAGGUCGGCAGCCGUAUGAACGGCAAUCUCCAUACGAAGAUGAGAGAUCCCAGAAUGAAAAGAAAUCCAAGAAGGAGCAUAUGUGUUUCCGAUGCAAACGUGUUUAUGCCUUCUUCACGUCCCUAUGGCGCCACCAGAAGUACGAAUGUGGUGUGGAGCCGAAGUUUGCCUGUUCCAUCUGCAAGAGCCGAUUUGCUCAAAAAAGACUCGCGCACGAUGUCAAGGACGGUUACGUGCCACAAGGUGUUACGGACAUUCCAAUAUCACCCUUGAUGUGUCCACAGUGCGGACGAACAUACAAAAUGAAGCGUAAUUUAAGGACCCACAUGAAGUUCGAGUGUGGCGAUCUCCUGUCGUUUACUCCGCGGGAACUCAGGCACGAAUCUCACAGAAGUGAUCGGAUUUUUGAUUGCCACCAAUGCGGCAGAUCAUACCAAAUGCGGCACAAUCUGGUGAAGCACCUGAGAUUCGAAUGUGGUGGGCAGAAGCACUUUGCAUGUUACCUGUGUCCUGCUAGAUACACCCAAAACGGUUGUUUUUACGAGAGCUUCCCUCCUCCAGACACUUCUGCUAUGAUUUACGACGAAGGAACACAACCUACAUUCACGAAGAUAGCUCGAGCCCGAAUGAAUUCAAGACGCAACACAGAGAAUACCGAAGAUCAGAGCCUACAGUGUUCUGCCUGCGGGAAGAAAUAUUCACUGAAGCACAAUCUAGCGAGACACAUGCGUUUUGAAUGCGGCGGUCAACGAAGAUUUUGCUGCCACUUAUGUCCGAACAAAUACACGCAGAAUGUUAGUCUGCAAAGGCAUUUGUCGCACCAUCACAACGUUCUCGUACCCGUGAAGAGAAGGCACAACGGCCCGAGGAAAAUCUGCGAUGGAAUCAUCUACCAAUAA